UUGAAGCGUAUUGGACGGUGCUCAGGUGUCACAUACGAAUCGAGACCAGCCGUAACGCGUGUGCCGUAGCUCAUUGAGCAGUACAAUAGCCGUAACCGCAACCGCAGCCGCAACCGUCUCUGGCAAUCGACAGCGACGACGACGCUUAUCAGCUUUGCCAAAGAGUAAUUUGUGAUACCUGUCCGUUUUGUAUUGGGUUGUAGCAGCGCUACGAGCUUAAGUGGUGUUAAUUUUUUUAUUAAUUAUUAUCGUAUUUAUUGCCAACCAAAGUGAAGUGCGAAUUAUUUCAAGUGUUUUGCCAUUAACCAAUAAAUUACAAUACGCGAACCAAACAAAUUGCACAUUACAAAAUAACAACAACAAUAAAGAAGCGAAAGAAGCAAUUGCAUCGCUCGCUGUGACCAGUGGGCCAGAGAUAAUACGUUUUCGUACAAAUUUUUUUUUAAUAGACUGUGCAUGUCUUGAUAGGCGAGUGUUUGUGAUUUACAAACCAUUAGGCGCUAUCAACAACACAUUAGACAAAUUGCUAAAUUAGCUGCUGGCGCAGUGUCACGCAGCGCUCGCGAAUUGCGAUACAGUUCGAUUGGCGUUAGUACUCUCAAAUAUACAAUAUUGCUUUAGUAUGAGUAGAAUAAACCAAAUACUUGAAUCCGAUACUCCAAGAUAUCCGAAAUAAUCACAAAAACAAUUAUUCGUACGCUCUUCACGCUCACCUCGCUCUCUUAGCUCUGAUAAGCUCUGGCUCUGGCUGCCUGACUGACUGACUGACUGAGUCAAUGUGUGUGCGUUCGUUUAUGGCCCCAGUGCGUAGUUCUCCCAGGAGCCUAAUCUUUUAGCUAAGCAGUCUUGGGACUCAGUCAUCCAAGUCAUUUGAAGCAAGUAAAAAUGCUGACGCCCUGAACGAGAGCAACAAGUGCAGACAGUAUGAAUUCGCAAUAUAAUGCCAGCAAUCGUACGAGUUCGUUUCGUUCCAAUCAUGAGCAUGUCCAGACGACGCUCAAUGAAAGGAACUGGGAGUGGUCUUAUCUAGUGCGAAAAUGUCGCAAUCUGGAACUGGAGGAGUCAUAUGAUUUAUAUAUGCGCCGCCUUCGGAUUGGCUAUUUGUCCAUUUUCAUCUUUAUCCAGAUGCUCGUCACCUGCACGCACGCCCUGGUGCUGCUAACCUCAUCGGAUCUGACCUAUGCCUAUGUGGACAUGAUCACCUAUCUGGUAACGGCCGUCCUCAUUUGGCUAAUACUCUCGGUCAACUUUCGCAACGAGCUGAUCAGCAAACACGGCUGGUUGGUCUAUGCCUCCUCCUGGCUGGCUGUAUCCAUCUUGGUGCUCAUGGAUAUUGGACUGAAUGUCUAUCAUGCCACCAGCAACAAUGACAUCCUUAAUCCCAUCUAUGAUGCAUAUACUCUAUAUGCCAUCUAUAUGUUCAUGCCCAUUCCGCAUGUGCUGCAGCCCUUCAUUUUGGGCACCGCCGUCACCAUCUGCUAUAUAAUCAACUAUAGCUUUGUCAUCUCCGCCAAGGAGGCCAAUCAAAUGCACAGCAUAUUCAACGAGGCCAUCUACUUGAGCUGCGUCAAUUUCUUGGGCAUCUUCUUCCGACUGAUGCGGGAUAUUGCGCUGCGCACUACCUUCCUGGAUCGGCGUCAGUAUGUGGAGGAGAACCUAUUGCUGCGCUAUGCGAGAGAUCAGGAGCGCAGCUUGCUGCUGAGCAUUCUGCCCGCCCAGAUUGCUGAUCGCCUGCAGGAGGAUGUGCGCAAUCGCAUUGAACGCUCCAAGCAGCAACAUCAUCAGCGACCCGGCAUUAAUCAUGGCUGUAGCAACAAUAGUCAAGCCUUGAGGCGUUGGCGUCAACCAGAUCAUGGCACUCUGUUCAUCGAACCACACAAGGAUGUCACCAUUCUUUAUGCGGAUGUGGUGAACUACACCCACCUGACCACGACGCUGGAUGUUAAGAAACUGGUGGAGGCGCUGCAUGAUCUCUUCGUGCGCUUCGACAUUGCCAGUGAGGAGUACAACGUGCUGCGCAUCAAGUUCUUGGGCGAUUGCUACUACUGCGUCGCGGGCUUGGCCAGUCCCAACGAGGAUCACGCCAAGUGCUGCGUGGAUCUGGGCCUGCGCAUGAUCAAGGACAUACGCGAUGUUAGGGAGAAGCGAAAUCUGAAUAUUGAUAUGCGCAUUGGCGUUCAUUCCGGCGACGUGCUGUCCGGCGUCAUUGGCGCUUCCAAAUGGCAGUUCGACAUCUGGUCCAAGGAUGUGGACAUCGCAAACCGACUGGAGGCCACAGGUGCCACAGGACGUGUACAUGUGAGUCAACAGACGUUGCGACUGCUGGACGGCGAAUACUUCUACGAGGAUGGCACGGAGAAGGCACGCGAGGAUCCAGUGCUGCAGAAGCACGACAUACGCACAUUCCUCAUCAAAUCAUUGCGCGCCCCCAUGCAUGAUCCGCGUCGCGUGCAGCGUGAGCGCCAGGCCAAAAAGCUGAGCGAGGCCAGCAAAUCCAAUUUCAUGUACAACUCGACGCUGCAGCAGUACAAUCAAGUACGUAACCAGGCCAAGCUGGAGAUGUGCCGGGAGCUGGACAAAAUGCCCAUCGGUCGCAUACAGAUCACUAAGAUUUGCAGACGAUCCACCAACCUCACCCAAGACGAAAUCGAGGAAGAGACCUUCAGACGCAACAUUAGCUCCUUCUGCCUGCUCUUUCGCAUACGCAACUGGGAGAUACAGUACAUCCGAGAGCCGGAUGUCAUGCUAAAGUACAGCAUAGUCCUGGCUUGGUUUGUCUACAUAUGCCUACUGUCCAUUCAGCUGCUCAGCAAAGAUCCCAAAUAUCACUACUGGAUCCUUGAUGGCGUCACUAUAUCUGUGCUUACCGCAAUGCUAAUCAUCUCCUGGUAUAAGAAAAUUUGGAUUAUGUACUUCUCCGACACGGAACAGUUGCUGCCACAAUAUAAGCUCAGUCGAAUGCUCUACAAAAUGUCCGAUUUCAUGCAGCGCAGCAUUGGCAUACGCCUCACUGUUUACAUCCUCGUCGUAGUCUCCUGCAUUGUUGUGACCGCCAUGCAAGUGCUCGACUGUGGACCAAAAAGAGAUGAAGAACUUAUACAAUGCUUCCACCCUUGGAUUCUGACCAAUUGCGUUACUCUACUGAUUGGCACCGCCUUUCUGUUCACGCGCAUUCCGUUCGUUGUCAAGACAACUGUCGCUGUGCUCAUCACGGUCGCCUAUACGGUGCUGGUGGUCUAUGAGUUUGAGCAUAUCUUUGACGGCAGUCCUCCGACGAAUGUUAAUCUCAAUGCAAAAUAUUCGCACUUUCUGCUCAUCUUCAUAACGCUGGGCAUUUUUCAUUUAAUGGAACGGCAAACGGAAUUUAUAGCUAAAGUGGACUACAACUGGAAGCGGCAACUGAUGCAGAAGCAGGACGACGCCUUAAUUACGAAUGAUACGAUCAAGGUGCUGCUGGUGAAUAUAUUGCCCUCGCACGUGGCCGACUUCUACCUAUCCACGCAGCUGCAGAAUGAGCUCUACUACGAGGAGUACGACAAUGUGGCAGUGAUGUUUGCCUCGAUCAAAAACUUUGAUACCGACAAGAUCGGCCUGCGCGUGCUCAACGAGAUCAUAUGUGACUUUGAUGAUGUGCUGAACAAGUAUUCGACUAGUCUGCGCGUGGAGAAGAUCAAGGUGGCCAACUGGACCUAUAUGGCCGCCUGUGGCCUGGACGUCACUCGCUCCGAGCAGGUGAAUGCGCCGCAGGUGAAAUUCCGUAAUGUCUCGCUAAUGCCCAAUGGACGACGCAGUCAGUAUCGCAAUCUGGGCUCCGAGCAGCUGCAGCGCGUGCCCUAUGGCAGUGGCAAUACGCUGGCCCUGGACAUGGAGCGUGGACAGUACGAGGGCAAUGUGAUAAGCAGCACGCCCAGGCUGAGCAGCACUGAAAAUGAUAGUGAGCGCAGCAACGACGAGGUGGUCAAGGUGAUGGCCAAUUUCGCAUUGGACCUGAUGCGAGCCAUGCGACGCUUCAAUGCCGAGAAUAUGCAGUCGGAGUAUGAGGGCAGCACGGACUACGGCAUGCUGCGCAUUGGCAUCUCGCAUGGACGAGCUAUGGCCGGUGUUGUGGGCAUAUCGAAGCCACACUACGACAUCUGGGGCAAUCCGGUGAACAUGGCCUCGCGCAUGGACUCAACAGGUAUUCCGGGCAAGAUACAGGUGACCGAGAAUACCGCUCUGAAGCUGCGCAACUUCAAUAUUCAGUGCAAUUACCGGGGCAAAACAUUCGUCAAGGGGCGUGGCAACAUACCCACCUACAUACUGGGCACCGACGACGAAUACAAAGGCUUCCUGCCCCACCAGCCAGCGCCAGCGCCAGCGCAGGAAAAUAGUUAAAUUAUAAACAAAUAUUUAUGUAAAUAAAUUUGUAUAA